AUGACCAUAGCCAUGAAGGUCCGCUUUGCACACGAGAAGUAUGUCAUGCGAAUCGACAAGACUGCGCCAAAUGCUCGUAUCUGGACAUCGACGCCGACACGUCACACAGCAACACUGUGCCACUCGCCUCGCCAUAUCCGAAUGCCGUCUCCCAACAGCAUGUGCCGGGCAGCGGCACUGGCGGCCUCGUCCAUGGCCGCGGCCAGCGCAAACAUGGACACGGAGUCGGCGUCCUUUCACGACGGAGCGGGCGUCUUGAAAUUCGUCAAUCCCCUCAUCGGCACGCGUGGCUUCGUGCCCGACAGCAACGGAGGCAUGAUUCCCAGCGUGUGUCCCCCCUUCGGCAUGACAAGAUGGACGCCCCAGACACGCGAGAACUACAUCUCGCAAGUGCCGUACUCGGAUCUCGACAGGCGCGUGCAUGGCUUCCAGGCAACCCACCAGCCGGCAAUCUGGAUGGGCGAGCAAGGCCAGAUGGCGCUGGCUCCGGGACUGCUGCGUGCCGUCGGUGGUGUUCGCACGCAGUUCCAUAAACGGGGGCUUUCGUUUCGAAAGUCUGACGAGACGAGCACUCCGUACGUCUAUCAGGUCCUGCUGGACGCCGACUCCGUGGGGGACUUCAACUACAAUCUGACAGAGCAGUGGGCUCACGAGGAGUACGGCGACGCCUGUCCUCCGUGUCCUGGCGGCGGCGGCACCGUCCCAGACAGCGUGAGGGAGGGCUCCAAUGGACGGGCGAGGAAGCGAGCUUCUACGAGACGGUCUGAUGCGUCUGAGGGGGGCGCCGCCGCCGAUGAGUCUGGUUCAGAUUCGUCCCAUGCGGAGCUCGGCGAGUACGAGCACUCCAUCAAAGUAGCCAUGUCUGCGACAUCUCACGUCGGGCACAUCCGGUUCGACUUCCAACACAGGUCGGGCUCGAAAUUCCGCCCUCAGCCAUAUGUAGCUGUGCAGGCUACGCGCCUCAACUGGACUGGCCAUGUGGAAAUCGACCCCCAGAGGCGCGAAGUUUCAGGGAGCAACACGCAGAGGCAAGAAUAUGCCAUCGGGCCCUACCAGCCCAAGAACUUCAGCGCAUUCUUCGUUUCCCGAUUCUCGGCGCCGUUCGAGUCUUACGGCACUUCCCAGGGGAGCAAGACGGAAAGGGGAGUCAAGGGGCUUCGGGGCAAGGAUGUCGGCGCAUAUGUCGUGUUUGACAAGGCGCAGCAGAGGGUCGAAGUCCGAACGGCAGUAUCCUUCGUCAGCGUCGAGCAAGCGCGCAGGAACCUCGACGUCGAGAUUCCCGACGGGCGUCCCUUGGAGUCGACGGUGGAGCAGACCAAGCAAGCCUGGCUGGAGAAGCUGGGCCGGAUCACGAUAGACGGCGCCAACAAGACGGACUUGGAGCACGACCAGCAAGCAAUCUUCUACACGGCGCUGUUCCAUGCGCUCCAGUACCCCAACGACUACUCGGAGCCCAUGGGCCACACGGACCCGAGCAGGCGGUGCUUCUACAGCGGCUAUACUGACAGCGUACACGGAGACAACGAUUCGUACUAUCAGUCGUGGUCCAUCUGGGACACGUACAGGGCGGAGCAUGCCCUCCUCACGCUCUUGGCUCCGGAGCGCGUGAACUCCAUGAUGCGCUCGCUCCUCCGCAUCUUCGACUGGUCCGGCCGCCUACCGAUAUGGGCAAACAUGGUUGAGACAAACACCAUGAUUGCCACCAACGCGGAUGCCGUCAUCGCAAACGCUCUCGCCCGCGGCUUCAACGACUUCGACAUCCAGAAAGCCUGGAAGGCCGUCCACACGGACGCCUACGUCCCGCCGGAGCGAGACACCGAGCUCUUGUAUUUCGAGAGGGAGCCCAACACGCCGCACGAAGCCAGGGCCGGCCUCACGAGCUACCUCCAACACGGCUGGGUCGACAACGACAGAUGGGCCGAGGCGGCCAGCCGCACUCUUGACUAUGCCUUUGAUGAUUUUGCUGCCGCCGUCGUGGCCACCCACGCGGGCGACCAUGCUUCCGCAGAGGAACUCGUGGCUCGAAGCCGCAACUACGUCAACAUCUGGAACAAUCAGACGCAAUUCAUGCAGACGCGCAACGCCAACGGGACUUUUGCAAGGGACGACUGGGGCUGGACAGAAGGCGACAAGUGGGUGUAUACGUUUGAUGUCAUGCACGACGCGGGCGGUUUGGCGUCCCUGUUCAGGGGCGGCAAGGAGGGCAUGAAGGCCAGGCUGGACCAGCACUUCUCCGAGGGCCGCAACAUGCACAGCAACGAGCCCUCUCACCAUGUGCCGUAUUUGUAUUCGGCCAUUGGAUACCCCAUGGACUCUGCUGACAAAGUCCGCGACAUUGCGUGGACGGAAUACAACAACACCGCUGCGGGACUCUGUGGGAAUGAGGAUCUGGGGCAAAUGAGCGCGUGGUACGUCUUUUCGGCUCUGGGAUUCUAUCCCCUGAAUCCUGCGACCGACGAGUAUGUCAUAGGGACCCCCUUCUUCGACAAAGUCGAGAUUCGACUCCCUACAACGUCGGGGACAGACGGCCAUACUCUUGUCAUAUCUGCGCCGGGCGCAGGUACCCAAGGCAAAGCCUAUAUCAAGGGCGUAAAGGUGGACGGCAAGUCGGUUCACGAGCCGCUUUUGAAACACGCAAACAUUGUGAAUGCAAAAAAGAUCGAGUUCAUCAUGAGCUCUGAACCAACCGCUUGGGGCAGCAGGGGAACCGUGUAG